CCACUAACAAUUACAUAAUCCGCUGCGCCUUAAAGACGCUAGUAAAUGAUUUGCCAUGUCACAACAUAACAUAUAAUUCUUUAAUUAGCUCAUAAUUCAUUGAUUUUUCGAUUGAUACAAUUCUUUCUGUAUACUUCUUCGAGCUUCAUCUCAUCAAAAGCAUCUUGUAUUUCCCUCUAAAUAUUCAAAAAUGUCAGAUCAAGUUGUAGAAUCAAUCUCAUGUCAUUACCGAACCCGUUUACCCGAUAAAAUGGUACAAGAAAUCCUUAUCCGUUUACCCGCAAGAACUAUCUUCCGUUUCAAAACCUUAUCAAGAACCUGGAAUUCAAUCAUCUCAUCUCCAUAUUUCAAGAAAUCCUACAUUUCCCGCAAUCCAACCCCAUCAUGGUUCAUCGUCGAACGAUCUCUAACCCGAAAAUCAAUCCCCAAUUUUCGGGGAUAUACAACCCAAUUAUACUUCCAAGAACCCCCAAAAUUGAGUACUCUUUUUAUUAUUUUCCCCGAAAGUGUUGAUUUACCCAAUUCAUAUCACCCAACAUUGCUAGCUUCGAGUGAUGGGUUAUUACUUAUUGACAUAAUGUGUAGAAAUAAGCCAUUCAGCUUGUUUUUGAUUACUGCUACAACUAAUAAUAUACUUCCAGUUGAAACUCCUCAAUGGCUAACUAAUGAUCAAAUGGGUGUCGGAUUAAUUACCCAGAUUGGUAAAACUAAUGGGUUUAUUGAGAAAUUCAUGAUUGUGUACUGUAAGCCAAUAAAUGGAAGUACAAUCGCUUCUUUGAUGUGUUUUUCGUCAGAAACAUUAGAAUGGGACUUGAAACAUGCUAAAUUUAUAUCCGGAGAAUUUUUUUUUAUUACUGGAAGUUUAAGAGUAAUUGAGUUCAAGGGGAAAUUGAUUUGGUAUGAUUUAGGUUUUGGAUUAAUAGCUUGGGAUGAUCCUUUUAGUAUAGAAAAAGAAGUUCAAUUACGAUUAAUCGAGUUUCCAAAUCGACAAAUGAAAGAAUUGGAAGAUGAAAUGUGUUUAGACUGUGGUGGUGGGUAUAUUCAGUUUUUGGAGCUUUCUAAGAGAAAAAAUGGUGAGAUAAGUUUGUGGAGGUUGAAGUAUGGAUAUGGAACAUGGAUUUUACUGAGUAAGUUGAAUUUUCCGGGUCUUGAUUGUAGACCCGAAUCAGUAAUGCCAACACCCAUUUUUAUCCAUCCUUUUAAUGGUGAUAUCGUCUUCUUUGAUUUUGGUUAUCGUAUUAUUUCUCUGGAUCUUAAAUCUGAAAAAAUGGAGUGUAGCGAUAAUUUCCGAAAUAGUGCUGUGUUUCCUUUUUCUAUUACCAAGUCUUGGGUUCCCGUUUUGCUCUCGAGUUGGCCUAUUAUUUCGUUUUCUCCAAUUGUCGAUGCUAAAGUCAAGUUUAAAUAUGGAAAUGUAUUUUACGACAAAGGGGAUAUUAAUCAAGCUAUAGAUCUCUAUACACAGAGCAUUAAUUCGUCAGAAAAUGCCAUAACUUACGUAUUUAGAGCUUCGGCAUAUACGAAGCUCGGUAAAUACCAAGAAGCAGAAGUUGAUUUCGCCAAGGCAUUGGAGUUAGAUGGUGAAUGCUUUGAAGCUUACAAACGCCGAGCACUUACAAGACUUAAAGGUUGUGUUGAAGAUUUGGAAAUUGCCUUGAAACUAAAGCCUGAUCACCAAAAAUUAAAGUAUCUACAUACUAAUGUAAAAGCAUUGUGCUUGUUAUAGAAAUGAUGGAGGAGAAUAGCUAGAAAGUUUGUAACAAGAUUAAAGUGAGAAAAACCUUGUGUUUGUUCUUGUUAUAUGUUUUUUUGUUUAUUUUAA